UGUCCUGUAGCCUGUGCACAUGUCCUGUGGUUAGGAGGCAGUCAUCAGCUGUCCUGUCCUCCAGACUGUGCCAUCAGCUGAGGGGGAUGUCUUCAGACUCUGUCCCUCCUUCACGGCCGACACCAGAAAGGGGGACCUCAGUGUGGAAGGCUUUAGUAGGAGCUGGAGUGUUAGGAUCUGCACUGUUGCUGUUCUUCAACUAUCUCAAGAGAGAGAAAGAGCUGGCACUUGAAAAAGAGCGGUCCAAGUCGCUGGGAAAGGCCCUGAUUGGAGGACCCAUCUCCAUGGUGGAUCACCAUGGAAACCCUAAGACAGAGCAGGACUACAGAGGACAGUGGUGUCUGCUGUACUUCGGAUUCACCCACUGUCCUGACAUUUGUCCUGAUGAGCUGGACAAGAUGGCACAGGUGGUGACAGACAUGGCAAACAUCAAGACGUUACCCAACAUCACUCCUAUCUUCAUCUCCAUAGACCCUGAGAGGGACGACGUCAAGUCUAUCGCUCAAUAUGUCAAAGAGUUCCACCCAGACCUGGUUGGCCUGACAGGUUCACUAGAGCAGGUCAAACAGGUGUCCAAAAACUUCCGAGUCUACUACAGUCAGGGUCCUAUAGACGAGGAUGGGGACUAUAUAGUGGACCAUACCAUCAUCAUGUACCUGAUGAACCCAGACUGGCAGUUCCUGGACUACUACGGCAAGGACAAGAACUCAGACCAGAUCGUGGCCAGCAUAGCAGGACACAUGCGCAAAUACAGGAGUUAACCAACACCUCCAACCAUAGGCUGCAGUUAAUGCAGUAUAACAAUGUAGAAUUUAGAAAGAGACGCCAUGUAUAGGUAGCAUUGCAAAGGGCAGGUUGUUGUAAAAUUGGUGUAUUUGUUUGCCAAUGACUACAUAAUGCUUCUAGCAGCCCUUCCACUGGUCAGACCACUAGCCUGACCACAUCAUGCCUCUAGCAGCCUUUACAUUGGUCUGACCCUUAGAAGCUUGAUCUUGAAUCCUGAGCUCCUAUUGGUAGUUCUGGGAAUAAGAAUGGUUCUCCUCAGUUACAGUGGAGUUAUUGGACACAAGCUCUCAAGAAAAAUCAGCCCCUGACAGCAAGACGUUGUUGACAGGCUAGGUUAUCAGUUUGAUUUAACAUGUUGAAUAUCAUGGAAGUGCAAGGGUCAUCAAUUCAGGGAUCAGUUCAAUCAGUACCUAGUGGGCAUGGUGGCCUUGAAAAGGUGCACUUAGGUGCACCUG